AUGGCAUUAUAUAACGGAAAGUUAGAUCAAGAGCAACAAGAUGCUAUUAUCUAUAAUGCUAGAGUUGGUGAUUUAGAGACCUUAGAAGAAAUAUUCACCACUCUAAUUGAUCCUAAGGUAAUUACUACUAUUCAAGAAAGUGAAAAUGCAUCUACUAUACUACACAUAUUGGCAGCUAAUGGAGAUAAUGAUAUUAUCAAAUACAUUAUUUCAUUAGUUCGUCCAAACACAACAAUGGAAGAAUUUGAGAAAUAUAUCAACCAUGCAAAUAAAGAAGGCAAUACUCCAUUACAUUGGGCAUCAUUAAACGGCAAACUAGAGACAGUCAAAUUAUUGUGUGAUGAAUAUGAAGCUGAUCCGUUUAUUAGAAAUAAUGCUGGUCAUGAUUCUAUAUAUGAAGCUGAAAAUAAUGGUAAAGAAGUAAUUGAGAAUUAUUUCUUGAGUAAAUAUGAUGUUGAACCUGGAAGUGAUGAUGAUGAUGAAGUUGAACAGCAAUCUGAAGCCUCCAUAAGUAAUGUUGAAGUCAAUGUAGGUACCGAAAUUGAAAGUGUUACUAAAGAAGCUGCAGAAGUGUUGGUAUCUCAAACUAAAGACCUAAAUCUAAAUAAUGAAUCCAAAUAG